AUGAAGGACCAUAGACUAAGGAGAAAGCCAAAAGGUGAUCGUGAUGACAUGGAAGAUAAUCAAGAAGUAGUUACAUGGAAGGCACGUGGAAAGAUGGGAGUGGUUGACGUCGUGAAGUGGCCUUUGGAGGUCCCCAAAGGUCACGUUGAGAUUAGCAAAUUAAGCUUGACAGCAAAGCGGCGCCCCGUUGCCGCUAGACUUGCAAGCGCAUGA